ACUGCAGACACAGUACAGGGGAUGACCAGAGACUGCAGACACAAUACAGGGGAUGACCAGAGACUGCAGACAUAGUACAGGAGAUGACCAGAGAUUGCGGACACAGUACAGGAGAUGACCAGAGACUGCGGACAUAGUACAGGAGAUGACCAGAGACUGCGGACACGGUACAGGAUAUGACCAGAGACUGCAGACAUAGUACAGGAGAUGACCAGAGACUGCAGACAUAGUACAGGAGAUGACCAGAGACUGCGGACACAGUACAGGAGAUGUCCAGAGACUGCCGACACAGUACAGGAGAUGACCAGAGACUGCCGACACAGUACAGGAGAUGACCAGAGACUGCCGACACAGUACAGGAGAUGACCAGAGACUGCCGACA